CGGGAAAGAUUGAAUCAUCGCGAGAGUUGAGAGAGACAUGUACAAUGCUGUGGUUACACUAAAGCCUGCUUGUAUUGAAAUAUUAGCUGAUUAAUUGAAGCAUUUGAAUACAAUGACUAAAUUUUGCAAUGCGAGUCCUCAAAAUGAAAACCAUAGUCACUACUUCAGGGUUGUUGUUUGUGUAAGUUAGCCGACGUUGUGACCGGUAGGUAGCAUGUUAUUGUUAGCUAAACGCUAACGACAGUUUCGCCGGUAGACAUAUUGAGUGUAAAUGUUCUUUUUAAAAAUAUACAAACAAGCAUGAAGUGCCAUUACGACGUCUUGGGAGUCAAACGGGAAGCAGAUGACGACGAUUUGAAGAAAGCUUACCGUAAACUAGCACUGAAAUGGCAUCCAGAUAAGAACUUGGAUAAUGCUGAGGAAGCAGCCGAGCAGUUCAAGCUUAUUCAGGCAGCCUAUGAUGUCUUAAGUGACCCCCAAGAGAGAGCAUGGUAUGACAAUCACAGGGAUGCUCUGUUGAAAGGUGGACUGAGUGGAGACUACGAGGAUGACAGCAUCGACCUGGUCCAGUUCUUCACGGUCACCUGUUACUCUGGUUAUGGGGAUGAUGACAAGGGCUUCUACACAAUCUACAGGAAUCUCUUUGAGUCCAUUGUGAAAGAGGAGAUGGAGCACAGAAGAGCGGAUGAUGAGGAUGAUGACGAGGAGUUUCCGCCCUUUGGGGAUUCUCAGAGUGACUAUGAUACAGUGGUGCACGUCUUUUACGGCUACUGGCAGAGCUUCUGCACGCGCAAAAACUUUGCCUGGAAGGAGGAAUACGACACCAGGCAGGGGUCCAACCGCUGGGAGAAGAGAGCCAUGGAGAAGGAGAACAAAAAGACCAGAGACAAGGCUCGGAAGGAGCGCAACGAGCUGGUGCGCCAGCUGGUGGCCUUUGUGCGUAAGCGCGACCGUCGGGUGCAGGCGCACCGCAAGCAGGUGGAGGAGCGCAACGCUGAGAAGAGCAAGAAGGUGGAGGAUCUUAGACGCAAGCAGAAGCUCAGUCAGGCUAAGCUGGCAGAGGAGUACAAGGAGCAGAGCUGGGCAGCCAUGUCGGAACUAGAGAAGGAGCUGAAGCAGAUGGAGGCUCAGUAUGGGGAAGAGUUUGGAGACGUGUCGGAGAGCGAGGGUGACGAACCGGAGACUUUGGAGGAGGGACUAGAUGGAGAGCAAGCAAAUGCAGACGUCAUAAACGUCGACUAUUACGAUGAUCUCUACUGUCCAGCCUGUGACAAAUCCUUCAAAUCGGACAAAGCUUUGAAAAACCACGAGAAAUCGAAAAAACACAAAGAGAUGGUUGCAUUGCUGCGGCAACAGCUGGAAGAAGAUGACUCACUCGCUAUGACCCUGGAUGAGCAAGAUGCCAUUGAGGAGGAAGAAGAAGAAGAGGAGGAGGACAAACCAAGACAAAAGCUCUCCAAAAAGCAAAAGAAGAAGAAGAGGCAGCAGAAAGCAGCAAGUGGCUCUCCAGUGGAGGAGGAAGUGGAAAAGGAGGAACCAACGCCAACAACAGGUGCGGAAGAUCCUCCUGAAGAGACUCCUGAGAUGUCGCCAAGCCCCGCAGUGGCCGAGGAGCCAGAACAUCUUCCUCCUCUCACUGAAGCUAAGAGGUCAAUGAUUGCUCUUUUUUGCCUUGAUGGUAUUUUUUUUGUUUCAAUAGAACAUUUCUUUUCUGUCUACUUGCCAAGCUCUGCCAAGACCAAGCCAAAGAAAGCAGGAAAGGACAUACCAAAGAACGUCAAAUCAUCACAUCCAGGAGGAGAACAGUUUCUUGAGAAGUCAAUAAACCUCCGCUGUGUGACCUGUAACGGCGAGUUCCCCACGAGAAACAAGCUCUUUGACCAUCUGAAGUCCAGCGGCCAUGCCUCCGCAGUCUCGGUCAGCAGGAGCAAAAAGGACAAACGGAAGAACAGAUGACGCGGUUUGAUCCACAGGAGAGGUGGACUCAAGACAGACUGAAUUUAUGACCUGAGUUUGAUGCAAAGAUUCACCCAAGGUAGCUUUCCCAUGACCAAGCAUGAAUGGACUCAUAAUCCUCAUUCAGUCCUCAGGCGAUGGUGUCUCAUGUUUAAGAACCAUCCCCUUGGCUAGCACAUCCAUGAUCAUUAAAACUUGGAAUGUUCUUACGACUUGUGGAGUUUUUGGAAAGCACUUAGGUUAGGCCGCCUCCAUGGUGAUGGACAUAUGAAGAUACAUGACAUAAAAGGUAUGCGUCCGUCUCACGUAGGGCCCAUACAUGUGGAUGGACAAAAGACGGAAAUUGUGUUUGACGGUUGCGUUACCAGGGUAACAAGGCACUUUAGACACUAAAAGGAUGGUAGAAAAGGACUGCUCUUGACCACAAAAUGCACCACUUCAAGUUUCCCAGCACGAGUAGCUAUUUUCUUAGUACCGACUAUUAUAGGGAUGACAAGUGCUAUUAGAAUUUGAUGACUACAGUAAAAAAAAAAAAAAAAAAAGCACUUUAGCAACAAUGCUGGAAAAGUACAC